CCAAUCCUAUAUCCCAAAAUGCUUUUCCACCUCAUAAUUGGAUUUAGAAUAAAAAUUAAAUCAAAUUGACUAAAUAACACCAAAGAAUUAUUUGCUUCACAAAUCAAGACCUACCCUUAUAGACCCCUUCAUACUUUGGUGUUGCUCCUCAAAAAUCAAAACUGAGAGCUGAAAAGAGAAGAGAAGAGGGAAAGAUAGACAGAGAUGGAGAAUGAAGCAGCUCCCAUAAUAGCAAUGUUAAUUUCAGAAUGUUGUCAAGUUGGACUCAUUAUUAUCAGUAAACAAGUUAUGGCUGCUGGUAUGUCAACUUUCAUCUUCGUCUCUUACUCCAAUGCUCUUGCCGCCUUUAUCCUUCUUCCUUUCUCCUUCUUUCUUCACAGAUCACAAAUUCCCCAACUCAAUUUGUCUCUUCUUGGAUGGUUCUUCCUCUUUGCUCUUACUGGGUAUUUGGCUCAAAUAUUUGGUUUUACUGGUAUCGAUUAUAGCUCUCCUACUCUUGCAUCAGCUAUGCUCAACCUUGUUCCUGGACUUACAUUUUUGCUUGCAAUCAUCUUGAGGAUGGAAAAGCUGAAUUUGAAAACUCUUACUUGUCUAGCUAAAGUGAUGGGAACCACAGUCUCUAUUGCUGGGGCAUUUGUGUUGACCCUUUAUGAAGGUCCCCCACUUUUCAAUAGACCUCCAUCUUUGCACGCUCAAAAGCUUAGUCUUCUCGGAGAACAAACAACGUGGAUUCUUGGUGGUUUCCUUCUUGGUGUCGAUUGCGUAAUGACAGCAAGUUGUGUCAUCAUAAAUGCCAUAAUUCUUAAGAAGUACCCAGCAGAGCUGUUUGUUGUGUUCUUUUACUGCUUCUUCGUUGCUAUCCAAUCUGUAAUCGUCACAUUUACUGUGGAAAAGGAUCUAAAUGCUUGGAGUCUAAAGCCCACGUCGAGGCUGCUUGCUAUUCUUUAUUCGGGCUUCUUUGGUUCUGCCGUCCAAGUUGGUCUUUUGACAUGGUGCUUGCGUAUGAAGGGGCCUGUUUUUGUUUGCAUGUUCAAGCCUCUGGGGGUAGCCAUAGCUGCAGUUGCUGGUGUUGUUUUCUUUGGGGAUACAUUCUAUCUUGGAAGUUUUCUUGGGGUGAUAAUCAUAGUUCUUGGGUUCUAUUCUUUCAUGUGGGGGAAGGCUAAAGAAGAGAAGAUAAGCCAUAUGAGCAAGUUUGAUGAUUUCUCUUCUCCGACACCAACGGUGCCUUUGUUGGGAAAUAAUGGUGAAGAGACAGAGAAUUCUGCAGCUUAAGAAGGGAUCGGAUUGUUGGAAGAAGUUCAAAUAGACAUGUAUAUGGAUUAGUCGAAGAAAUCCCUUAACUCAGGAAAAACAGCAGAUUUGUGAAUGUGAACACAGAAAUUUCUUACAAUUAAUGUUAUUAUUUUUUUAAUUUUGUUAUGUAUAUGGAUUAGUUAUAAUAAUAUUUUCUAUCAUUUAAAAAUGUAUAUUUAUUUUCAUUGUUGAUCUUAUGAUAAAGUUCAUAUACAAAAACGUUGUAUAAAAGGUCAUAUACAAAACAUUAUACACCCUGUACCUGUUAGGGGAGUCAGGAUUCUGAAAUCUGUGAGUCCGCUUCAUGCACUACUUAUGUAUCGAUUGUAGUGCCAGAUUCCAUAAUAAAAUGUAAUUUUUAUUGUAUUUUUUAAAAU